CCGCCGCCUCCCUCCUUCCCUCCCUCCCAGGCUGCGGCUGCUGCAACAACGGUGGCGGCGGCAGCAGGAGCAGCAGCGGGAGCAGUCUAGAGGCCAGCGUUGAGGAUUUGCUGCUCUCUGUUGCUCCAGUCUCCCCACAGAGGCCCUCUCCCCUCUCCCAUCACAAGAUGGCAGCCAGCAGCUCUGAGGUCUCUGAGAUGAAGGGGAUAAGGGAGGGUGCCCAGACCCAGGGAAAAGGGCCUGGCCAUUCAGAGGCUGGAACUGGCCCUCUAGAGGUUCCAGCUGGGGUCCCAGAUGAGCCAGAGGCCCCUCAGGCAGGUCCAGACAUCACUGUGGCCCCUGUGGACUCAGAGCCCAAAGUUGGGUUGACUCCAGAAAUCACAGAGACCCCAACAGGGGCCCCAGAAACAGACAAGGCCAAAGACCUUAGCUCAAGCCCAGGAGGGGAACCAACCGCCAACUCCAGCCCCAAAGAAGCAUGCCAAGAGCCAACAUCCAAGCCAGAAGUGAGCAAAGAGGCCACUGUAGAGCAGGGGUGUGACCAGGAAUCUGCAGGCCUGUUUGAGCCAGCCUCAGAGCCCACUCCCCAGCUGGACCUCCAGUCAGGUUCCCAGCCCACACCCAAGCCAGCUCUUCAGACAGAGCCUCCUACCCAGGACCCCACCCCUGGGGUCUUGACUGAGAGUGUGGGGGAAAAGCAGGAGAAUGGGGCGGUGGUUCCCCUGCAGGCUGGUGAUGGGGAAGAGGGUCCAGCCCCACAGCCUCACUCAUCGCCCUCAACAAACCCCCCCUCAGCCAAUGGGGCUCCCCCUCGAGUGCUGCAGCAGCUUGUUGAGGAGGACCGAGUAGGAAGGGCUCACAGUGGGCAUCCAGGAUCUCCCCGAGGUAGCCUAAGCCGCCACCCUAGCUCCCAGAUAGCAGGGUCUGGGGUAGAGGGGGGUGAAGGCACCCAGAAACCUCGGGACUACAUCAUCCUAGCCAUCCUGUCCUGCUUCUGCCCCAUGUGGCCUGUCAACAUCGUGGCCUUCGCUUAUGCUGUCAUGUCCCGGAACAGUCUGCAGCAAGGUGAUGUGGAUGGGGCCCAGCGUCUGGGUCGAGUGGCCAAGCUCUUAAGCAUCGUGGCGCUGGUAGGGGGGGUCCUCAUCAUCAUCGCCUCCUGUGUCAUCAACUUAGGCGUGUAUAAGUGAGGGGCUCUGCCCUGCAUUCCAAGACUUUUCUUCCUGUUGGGAGCUGUCUUGGGCCCAUCCUCCCCUGCUCCCCUGCGGGGAGCCCAAUCGAUGGCCCAGGCCCGCACCCAUAGGGACCAAGGGAGCCUGAGCAGCCUUGUUUACAGCUUUUUUCCUGCUCCUGCAUCUUGCCAGGCUCCUCUGCCAACUGUAGGCCCCCCUUCUCCCUGCACUGUUUCCAGUCUCCCUGCACUUCUGCCUGCAGCCGGUCCGGCCUCUUGGCCUCUCUAUGCCUGCACUUCUGGAAACCUCUCUGAACAUCUCCCAAACUCUUUUUGCUCUCAGCCUCCCUGCAUCUCUCUCAGCCUUCCUGCAUCUCUCUCAGCCUUCCUGCACUUCUUCCAACCUCCCAAAUUACCUGCACCUCAAUCCUGGUCUCCCCCCAACCCCAACUUUCAUUGUCUUGCCAUC